AUGGAAGGAGAAGAAAUAGUUACAACAGAAGAGUUCAUACAGAGAGUCAAAGAACAGGAUCUAUUUGAAGGUGUUAUGAUGACUGUUGUGUCCCCAAAUCCAGACUUAAAACGGAUGCAAGGAGAAAUAGCAGAAAUGUUAGGACUGAAUUUGGAAAGCGAGAGUUUGGUUGAACGAGCAGAGAUGCUGCGUGCUAGAAUGUCAGCUGAUUCUAAGAGGUACCUCAUAAUAUUGGCUGAUGUAAGCAAAACACUUAAUUUGGAGGAAUUUGGAAUACCUUGUGUUGAUGUUGAUAGCAAAAGGAGAUGCAAGAUCAUAUGGAUGUCACAACUCCCAAAUGUUUUCAGUGACAUGAGAACUCAAAGCAAUUUCAAAUGGUCAUGGGUGUAUCCAUCUGUGGGAGGAUCUAAUGACUUUGAAUCAAGAAACAAUUCAAUCAUCACAGAUGUAAUGCAUGCUCUAACAGAUGAUCAAAUCAAUCCGGUUGUACUAUGUGGAAUGGGCGGUAUAGGCAAGACAACCUUGGUGGAAGAAGUUGGUAAGAGAGCAAAAGCAGACGGUCUAUUCGACGAGGUUACAAUGGCAGUUUUCACCCAAACCGCUGACUUGAGUCGUAUUCAAGAUGAAAUUGCAGAGUUUCUUGGUCUAGAACUUACAGAAAAGGGUUUACGUGGAAGAGCAGAUAAGUUACACAGAAGAUUAUCAGGUACUAAGAGGGUCCUUGUAAUAUUGGACAAUGUUUCUACACAAGUAAAUUUGAAGACAGUUGGAAUUCCAUUUCACUGUGAUAAAAUGAGUUGCAAAUUCUUGGUAACAUCAAGAAACCAGGAUAUAUUCAAUGAUAUGGAAACCAAGAAGAAUUUUCCUAUCGAUGUUUUGACAGAACAAGAAGCAUGGGAUCUAUUUAAGGAGAUGGCAGGCAGUUCCAUUGAAUCUCCUGAGCUAUAUUUCGUAGCACAUGAAGUUAUGAGUAAAUGCGCUGGUCUGCCAAUUGCAAUUACGACUGUUGGAAGGGCACUAAAACAUAAAAGCAAGAAUGUGUGGAACGAUGCACUUAGACAACUAACAAGGGCUUGCCCAGAAAACAUUCCAGGAAUGAUACAAGAAGUGUAUCCCAAAAUAGAGUUGAGUUACGAAUGUUUAGAAAGCCAUGAGGCCAAAGCAUGUUUCUUGCUCUGUUGUUUAUAUCCCGAAGGUUGUAAUAUACCAAUUGAAGAUUUGGUUAGAUAUGGGUGCGGGCUUAAGUUGUUCAAAAGCAUCCACUCAAUGGUAGAAGGAAGAAACAGUGUAGAAACAUUGGUUGGCAUACUCAAAAGUUCUUUUUUGUUGGUAGACAGCAACAAGGAAGGGUGUGUCAGGAUGCAUGAUGUGGUGCGGGAUGCAGCCUUAUCAAUAGCUUCUAAGAGUAGAGAUGUAUUUGUG